UCAAGACGAUGAUUCUUGUACAGUAACGUUUUAGGUGUAUUAAAAAUACAGUAGAUGAUGACUUCUUCGACUACGAGUUCUUGUACUCGCACUCGUACGAGCACGUUUUCGUGUACUGUACCCAUUUUUUUCACGAUCAUCCAUUUACUCGUACGUACCGUACGUACCACAUUCACAGUACGUAAGUACGAAUCAACGAACUUCUACGGUAACAAAAUAAAGAGAAAACAUCUCUAUCUCUACCGGUACUUGGUUAUUAGCGACUUGUGACACCAAUUGACUCGUCCCCAUCUCGUUUGUGUCCUAACCAUAAUCAUMGUGUUUUGGUUUUGCCUUCGUUCACACAUUCCCAUGAUGUUCGGGUUGCGYAUAGUGCAGAUAAUCUUUAAACAGGCAAUCCUUGUAGCUCUAGCACUAGCUUUGUUACUCACUCAUGCGAGUUCAUUUUCGAUGACCAUGACGGCAUCAGGAUCGGGAAAAUCUCUCUUGUUCGUCACGAACAAAAUGUGCCCCUUUGCCCAAAAGGUGAGUUGAAGAGAUAUUAUAACCACCCUUGCUCAUUUCCAUAUUAUCAUUGGAUYCGACUUGGAUCURACAACAMAACCAAUCGAACAUACAUCCAUUCAUUUCUAAAGGCAUGGAUCGCACUGGAAGCAGCGAAGGUCCCCUUCAAGUUCGAAGAAAUUUCUCUUUAUGGCGGUGGAGGGAAACCCCAAUGGUUUAGGAAGCUUAAUCCAAAAGGGACGGURCCUGUGCUUGUUGUCAACGACGACGGGAGAAAAGGCACAGAAAAUGCGAUCGUCCUUGSAGAUUCCGAUUUGAUUUUGGACGAAAUGAAAUUAGUAGUUGAUUCCGUUGGCGAGUCGUCAGCGUCUCCCUUGACGAUUGCACCGGUCGAUGAUGCGGUUCGUACCAAGAUUGAUGCCUUCCGAUCUUCCCUCACCGAGUUCCUCCCUAUUGGAAAGAGCGCGGUCCUUGGGGGUGAUAAGGAGCGAAUGUGGACCAAACUCCGGGAACUGGACACUCUCAUCGACACAGCAAACGAAGGGCAACCAUGUUUUCUUGCUGGAACCGACAAACCGUCGGUUGCGGAUUGUGCCGGUUUCCCUUUUUUAUGGCGCAUUGACGACGAGUUUGGUGCYRGUAGCUGGGAGAGCCAUGGUUGUUCCAACAUCCCGGUCUGGCUGGACUUGUGUAAAGAGCACCCGGCGUUUGCCAAAAGCGUGCAAUCGGCAUGGUGGUGGUGGUGGUAAGCAAUAAUMAAAGAUUUGUUGUUGCAUGARAUGACUGUUGUCACCAAAACAGGGAAUUAUUCUUCAUGAAAGGAUAGCAAAUGAAGGUUCCAUAACCAAUACGAUCAGUUGAUCUCGUUCCGAAAUACGGUAACAAAAACAGUAUUGUUAGGGUACCCAGCAACGAGAGGAUGACACCAUGAACUAAAUCUACUCAAAAGAAUGUUUUCAGCACAAUGUCGGUGUGAUGCAUAGAGAACCAGGCAAUUUCAGCUAUGUGGGUUUCCGUUUGUCGAGAGCAUUGAUUGGUACCGCGCUUUUUGCCAAUUCCAGACCAUCCAUUGCAUGUCCUCGUGACGGGUCAUGCUCAAAGAAAGCUUUCUAUUGAACGAGUGGAGAAAAAGUCAAAUUUCUACUGAGCAUGCUUUUUUCAAUGUUUCGAGAUGAGCAUGCUUUUUUCGAUAUUUCGAGAUCCAAGAACUCUCUCUCAGUAUUAACAUUUGUAAUUAUUUUACCACUACUGACAUUUACAAAAUUCUAAGAUGCACCAGGUAUUUUCUUUUGGUAGGAGAUUGGGGUUGUUUAGGCUCUUCAGGAUGUUUGCGGCUGUUCCCUUGAYUGCCUGGUGUUCUCAACUUCUUCCUUGACGGUGCCGUGGUUGUGGUCUUUUGUUGAGGAUGGGGUUAUCUGUUUAGUUGACACAGUUGUUCUGAGAAUCUGUACCCCAGGGUCCUACAUGAUUU